CUAUUUUCUAGAUUUUCAAGUCAUGUUUUGGUUAACGCUCCAGGCCAAAACAGUGUUGUGUUGUGCUGCAGGUACCUUGUAUGGAGAAAUGGCAUGGCUUCUCUUCCUAGCUGCCAAAACUACUAAAAGACAUAAACUUUCUCAAGUUUUACUAUGCAAAACCCAAAACAAACAACAACCCAUUAUUUCGCUUCAUUGCCUUUACUCUCUCAAGUCUCAACCUCUCUUUCUUACUGUUUUUCAAUUUGUCGUUCACUAACGAGGAGAAAGCUUUUGUAUUCCUUAGAUCCCAGCUGGACUUGGUGGCUAGAAGUUUUCAGUAGAUCAUCAAGUCAGGCACCAAUUCGCGGGAAAGAUCCUGACUCCCGAGUUGCCCAAAUAUUAUCAUUCUGAUUUAUUAUAUUGCAAACAUAUGGAUACUUCAUCUCAGGCUGCAAAUUCUCUUUCGACUGCGGGAUCAGAAUCCUUUGUUGAUUCAAGUGUCAUAGCCAACAAUGACCAACUUUUCCUCCUUUAUUUCAUCAUUGGAAACUUUUUUGGGCCUGAUCUGAAAGAAGGACCUAAAAAAUCACUGUUUCAAAGAGCAGCUGAGGGUCUAUCAACUUACUUAUUAGAACAACUAACUGGAGGCUACAUCAAAACUGAAGAAAUAGAGCAUAUAUACCACUAUGCACUUCGAAAGGCAGAGAAGCAUCUUGCUCUGAAAUUAUCCUUGUUGCACCAAUUCUUUCUAGGCAACCUACCUGCUUCUGGAACUGCCAGUUACCCGCAGUUUCCCGAUAUGUUUCCAACCCACCUACAUCCUCAUUCACUAAUGGAUAAUAGAUACCAAAUUGUGUCAAAUGUGAUAUUCAUCAACAACCCAAAUACCUCCCAUAUUGGCUCGAAGGACAUUGAGAGGUUUAUAAGAUUAACUGGGCUCGAGAAUCUUCUGCUGGAUAGAGAUGCAGCAAGAUUUCACUCAUAUUUGGAUGGCAGUGCUCUAUAUGAUGUGAUAGUGCAUGAGGCUGGACCUGGUGUAGAAUGGCCUCCUACAAGUACUCAUCAUUUUCAUAAGAGAGCAAAACAUGCAGAUGGCAUCCUGCAAGCCAGGGAUCUGCAUGUCUAUGAUGUGCAACCUCUUAGCUGUGUGCCAUUUAGAGGUUUGCCUCCUUCUCACAGCUGUACAACAUCUCUACUAGCCAGAGAUUCUGGAAAAUCUGCUGAAGAAAGUCCACGGAUGGUUUUUCUUCCAUCAGGAGCGAAAAAGGAAGAGUGGAACAGUUUGGUGGCUGCAUGUAAAGGUGGACUUGCAUUGACUGGUACUGCUGCAAUGGGCCAGGUGCAACAGACUGUCGGGCUUGUUGAUAUUGGUGAGUGUGAAGAUGCAUACCUUUUCCGGGUGUCUCUUCCUGGAGUGAGACAAGACGACAAUGAAUUCAGCUGCAAAAUCGAAAAUGAUGGUAAGGUGCUGAUAAAGGGCAUCACAACAACAGGUGAGAAAACGGUGUACAGGUUCUCCCAAAAGUUUGAGAUGCUAUCCAGAAACCUCUGCUCACCAGGGCAGUUUUCUAUUUCAUUUCAACUGCCUGGUCCAGUUGAUCCUAGUCACUUUUCAGGCAAAUUUGGCUUUGAUGGGAUUCUAGAGGUGAUUGUCAUGAAGAGCAUAUAAAGUAGUUGAUAACAUAAUCCCUGUACAUUAGUUAGAAAUGCAAGGUUCAUCAAGUUCCGGAAGGACCUCUCCACCGAUACAGGGAAUAUUAUUACCAUUAUAUGAAAAAAAUUUAGAUGUUUCUCUCUUUUUCAACAAGUCUUUUUUCUUCUUUAUCUGAUUUCGUGAGGUCAAACAACUCAAGUUUAACACGUAUUGGUCCUUGAAUCAUAAACUUCCGUAGCACAAAUCUUUGGAAGCAGCACUUA